GUGGCAAACAUAGCAAGACCAGAGUUUCUCCCAAACUAACUCAGGUUAAUUACCAAACAUAGGCAGUGAGACUGUGAGAGGAGAUCGAUCGAGCUCAACCGAGUGAAGCUAUCUAAGCUCUUAUCUUAACAUAUUGGGCACGCCGUGCAAUUAAGGUACUACGAAGCAUUAAUUAAUGGCGGAUGCUGUGUACUCGUCGGAGCAUAAUUUGCCGGCGGCUGCCGUGUUGUACCGGCGGCCGUCGUCGGCCAAUUACCCGCCCAAAACCUGGAACUACGACUCCAUCUGCUCCAUGCAGCUGCAUGGCCAAAAUGAGCCUAGCAAAGAAAGCUCACUACUCCAGCUGGCGAGCUUGAAGCAGAGAGUGAGGCAGCUGCUGUUGAAGAAACAAGCUGAUGAGCUGCCUAGUAGGCUUAGGGUUAUGGAUCAACUGCAGAGCCUGGGUGUAGCGUACCAUUUCGAGGAGGAGAUCAGAAGCAUGCUCACGUCCAUGCAUGUCCAUGGCGCACACCUUCAACUCAAGCACGACCUCUGUUCGACGGCACUCCUGUUUAGAACGCUCAGAGCACAUGGAAUCCCUGCGUCAACAGAUAUGCUGAGAGCAUUCUUCACGGGCAAUGAAAAUGGUGGUUUGGAAGCUGUUGACAGCAUUAAUCUCACGAGGGACGACGACGACGAUGACCACGCCAUUGAUGGAUUGGUGGCACUGUACGAAACUUCGUACCUGGGCUUCCCAGGAGAAGCCAUGCUCGACAGAGCAAGAUCAUUCGCCAUGGAUAACCUCCAACAACGGCGCCUGAUGCCUCCAAGAGCGAGGGAAGGCGCCUUGGACUUGCAGGCAGACCGAGACGACGGCGACCUCCCCCUGCAUUGGAGAGCUCCCAGGCUGCAGGCGAUCUGGUCACUCAAACAGCAUCGUAAGCGCAACGGCAACAAUUGGAACAAUAUCGAUGUCGAUCCGUUGAUUGUGCAGCUGGCCGAGAUGGACUUCGACGCGGUGCAGGCGGUGCACCGAGCGGAGCUUGUGGAGGCGACCCGGUGGUGGAAGGAGGAGACCGGGCUGCAGGGCCAGGAGAAGCUCGCCUCCUCUCGGGACCGGCUGGUGGAGUGCUUCUUCUGCGCGGCGUGCAUCGCGCCGGAGCCCCGCCUCGCCGCAUGCCGCGACGUGCUCACCAAGCUCGGCGCACUCCUCGUCCACCUCGACGACAUCUACGACGUCUGUGGCACUCUCGACGACCUCGCCGCGUUCACCCACGCCAUCGGCGGCACCUGGCCGGAGGACGACGAUGGCGAUGCCACUGCGCUGCUGCCGGAGUACAUGCAGGCCAUGUUCUCGGCCAUCCGGUCGACGUCGACGGCAGCGGCGAAUCGCGUGCUCAGGGAGCACGGCCACGACGUGCUCCCGCUCUACAAGAAAGCGUGGCGUGAGCUGUGUGAGGCGUUCAUGGUGGAGGCGAAAUGGCAGCACGAGAGGUCGAUGCCAAGCUUGGACGAGUACCUGGGCAACGGGUGGGUCACCUCCACGGCGCCUCUCCUCCUGCUCCACGCCAUCACCAUGCUCCCGUCGUCCGAUGUGCACCAGCAGCAGAUGGCAGAUCCAUUGCUGCGUGGUGGCGGCGGCGGCGACGGCGGCGGUAAAAUAGUGCACCCAAGGAUUGUGGAGCUGUGUUCGAGAAUCUUCCGGCUGUGCAACGACGAGGUCGAGCCGGAGCAGCCAGGGGAGGCGGCGCCGUCGUUCAUCUCCUGCUACAUGGAAGAGAACGCAGCCGCGAGCGAGGAGGAGGCCCGUAGAGCGGCGGCGGACGCCAUCGCCGAGACCUGGAAGGAGGUGAACAGGGAGAUCACCACCGGGAGCGCCGCCGAUGCGGCCGGCGUCGCCUUGUGUGUGAACCUGGCGAGGGCGGUCCAGUGCAUCUACCGCGACGGCGACGGCAUCACGUCGCCCACGGAGAGCCGGAAGCAGCUGGUCAAGGACCUGCUCUUCACUCCCAUAGGAGAUAGGACCCACAGCAUCUCUACUACUACCAUCAGCAUCGAUCAGCAGUGCAGACAGUCAUUCUGAUUAAUGUAUAGAGCAUAUGGCCGCACCGAUUCAGCUUCAGCAAAAACAUCACAAAGCUUAAAAGUAAGCACAAUGAAAGCUUAAACCAGUGAUAACCAGUGCAUCUAUACGAACUCGGUUUGAUUAUGAGUUGGAAAA